CUCGCAAACAAAAAGACGAUGGCAUUUGCUGCUUAUGACAAAAGUACUUGUGUAGACUCAUGAUUAUGAAAGAAUCUCUUCACCCGUUUAACUUUAAUGCUAUAAUUGUCUAAGUCCUCUGAGUACUGUUAGUCAUGAAUAAUUCGGCACCCACACCCCACAACAACCGAAGCACCACCCUUUUCAUACUGCAAACAAUACGGAAGACCUGGCGAAACUGUGGGCGCAAACCGAAAAAUGGAAUAUGCAACCAGUUGACGAAAGUCUCGUUUAUGAAACGAUCUUAUCAUCCUGAGGUUCAGAAAAAGUGUGUGCAUCUGGUCUCCUCUUGUGACUCGUUUUUACUCUCUCUCAGUGGUUGUUUCGAGAAUCUUCAAACAAAACGGUCCUGAAAGGUAUUUUUGUCAUCCUGAGUCUCUCAAUUUUUUUGAUUUCGUAGUCGAUGGAGAUACCUUUCAGGACAGCCUGCGAGUCAGGAUGCAAAAAGAAGAAAAACAUCCUUGUACUCGAAAACGGAAACAAUACCCGAGCUACUGACUGAAAUAGGGGGGGUAGCUUAACGUCAAGGCUACUCUUCCUUCUCAUCAGUAUCUCGCUUAUUUUCAGUAGUAAGUUACUUGCUUAUUUCAGUUUUUCGAAUACUCGGGAGUGGCAAAAAGCUACUCGUCUCUUCCUUCAUUUCUUCACGCCAAUUAGACAAAAGCUGGACGACCUAGGCCCUCUACACGACGACGGAAAAGACGACUCGGGAAACGCGGAUCCGGGAGCGCUCUGCCUAGCGACAGUAUUGCUCGAUAGUAGGAGAAUUCUUUUUACCAACAUUUGAGCGGUUUCAUCUUCGUAUUAGACCUACUUGUUCUUGAGUACCAGAACUAGUUGCACACGACAUCUUUCUUGAUUUAACGAGAUGUUGACGAUGAUCAGACAACUGAUGAUAAUAGCAUUUUUUCUAAUAGAAACACAAACAAAAACACGAUCAUGAUCACUCAGCUUCCGCCAUGUAGUGUUUCCGUUCUAGAAAAGCUGAAACCUGGAGAGAAGCCAGAAAACUGCGACCCUGACCGCAUUAAACCCUGCGGCUACUACGACGCUGGACCAGACAGGACAUUGUUACAGGGUAACAACAUUUGCUCCGAAAAGACGGGGUUUCUGGAUCCGUUUCGAGCAUUAUGUGUGAAGAAUUUACAGUUUGUCUUCUUUAUACAAUAUCUGGGUGGCGCUUUCAAAACGAAGAAGCGAAGUUGUGAAAAAGUGAUACUCUUCAAUAGCUCAGUGAGAUGAUAGUGGAGCUCGUACGUAGUCGUAGUGUACUUAGUUCGUUGCACGCUUAUCGAGCAGCUUCCUUUGAGUCAAGAGGUAUAAAUACGCAACGCGCUGAAAAGACGGGAUUUCUGGAUCCGUUUCUUGAAGAAUUUACAGUUUGUCUUCUGCUCGACAGGUAGCUAGGAGUUUUUAAGUAUUUCGUUUAUCUUCUAAAUCUGUCGCUUGAGGAGAGAAAAUACAUAGUCCAGUUCGAUGGU